AGUCGAAACCGAGUCCUCGCGAGUACGCGUCUCUUCACUGCAACUUCGUUGAGCGUCGUGCGUCUUCGGCUUGCGGUCUCGACGAGUUACACGGCCGCCCGUAUUUUUCCCGAGUCCCCCGCCCGGCGUCUUGUUCCGCGCCCAACAAGUGGUGUAGACGCUCGCUCGCGGCUCACACGACAUCUCGCGUCCGUACUUCGCGCAACUUUUCGGAGUAACUCGCCGCGAGUUUGAAAUUCGAUCGCGUGUUUAAAACUUUUACCGGAGUGUUUAAAGACUAUAGUGGCGUGACAUAGGACUUCAGUGGCGUGUCAAAAGUCGGUGCGGUGUUUGUUAAGGGUAGACUGGAGUCGAUGCACCUACCGCACGCUAGCCCACCGGCCCCGAGUAUGGCGGACGUGUAUUCGCACAUCCAUGAAUAUUACCGGCAAAGUCAUGGAGAGCUUGUACAGACGGGGUCUCCAGCGGUACUUUGCUCAGCUUUGCCAGGUCACUGGCGUUCAAACAAAUCUCUUCCAGUAGCCUUCAAAGUAGUGGCUUUAGAUGACGUUCAAGACGGUACCCUAGUCACCAUAAAAGCUGGUAACGAUGAGAACGUCAUGGCUGAGUUGAGAAACUGCACGGCAGUAAUGAAGAACCAAGUAGCUAAGUUCAACGACCUGCGAUUCGUGGGUCGCAGCGGACGUGGAAAGUCAUUCUCGUUGACUAUCACCAUCAGCACGUUUCCUAGUCAAGUGGCCACGUACACCAAAGCCAUAAAAGUUACUGUUGACGGACCUAGAGAACCUAGAACUAAACAAAAUUAUGGUUAUGGUCAUCCCGGGGCAUUCAGUCCCUUUUUGUUGAACCCAGGAUGGUUGGAUGCAGCAUAUUUAAAUUACGCGUGGGCAGAUUAUUUCAGGCCACCGCAAAUGAGAGAUUCGACUAAUAAUUUGGUUAAAGGAGCCACACCUAUAACAACACCACCGGUUGCACUGCCUGGAGCUGAUUUAUUUCCAUUCCCACCAGCAAUGGCAAAUCUUCCUCCAGGGGGUUUGAUACCCCCGCCUGGUGCCUUUUUGCCUCCAAACGGAUUGCUACCAUUCCCACCGCAUCCAGCUGAGUUAGCUCUAAAAGCAAUACCACCUGAACUCUCAUUGAAAAGCGGUGUUAACCCAUAUGAUGCGUUGAGGCACUUGCAAAGUAAUAUGUCUUCAAUGGAUACGUCAAGUGCUCGUUUAUCACCGACAAGUAGUAGACUGAGCAGUCCAAGGAGCGUCGCUAAUGCGAGUCCCGAUCGUUCAAAAGCCGAUUCGAAAUCCGAGGCUAACUCGGUUCACGAUGCCACUAUUACUGACGAAUCUGACGAAGAGACUAUUGAAGUAGUAAAAUCGGCAUUUCACCCUACACGUCCUGCUAACGUGGAGUUACAAGAGAUGAAGCGUGUGCAAGCGGCUGAUUCAACAGUGUCAGAUAGACCACAUGUGCGUAAUGAGCUAAAAGCGCCUUCAUCAAGAACCACUCGCGUUCUCUCCACUAGUCCAACUUCUACCAAAUUAUCGAAUGGAGAUAGAUCCACGCACAAAACAGUAUGGCGGCCAUAUUGACAUUUCUAGUGAUAGUGUUUUAAAAAUUAUUAUCGCGUACCGUUUUGCGCGGUGUUGUUAAAAUGUGAUAAACCCAUGAGCUUGUAAAUAGUAUAGGAUAUUGUUAUAAGGAUAUUAUUAUAAAGAUACAUUGAUUUAUAACAGAUAUUUAUUGUUAGAAAUAUUUAGAUAAUAGUUGGCUUAGUGUACCUUUUACCGUAAAUCGAUAUUGUAAAUGUUAAUAGAAUUUGUUAUUUUGAUUGCUAAUGUGUUCAAGCUUGUCGAUAUUAGGCAAAAGGUUUUGUAUAAAAAAUUUUACCAAACCAGUGUGUUGGUUGGUAUAUUUGUAAGAAGAUUCAUAUUCUUCGAAGACGACUGACUAUUAAUUAAAUAAUUUUAAUUAACUCUAGAAUAAAACCCAAUAUAAUAAAUGUAAAUAAUGUAAAUUUUAUUUAUUGACAAAAUGAGAUGUACUUUAUGUAAAAUAAAUAUAAAUGUUGCAAUGCAAUGUAAAAUGUUAUGUAAAAAAUGAAAGUAGAAAUACACACUUAAAAGGAUGAUUCU